GAUUCAGCCGAAUAGACGUCUCAAUGGGGAGGGAGGCGGGACCAGAUCUACAGACGCCGGACAGCGGCUUGGGCCGCUAGGGCCGGAAAGAUGGCGGUUCUGGCACCAUUAAUUGCUCUGGUGUAUUCGGUGCCGCGGCUCUCACGAUGGCUGGCCCGACCUUACUGCCUUCUUUCUGCCCUGCUCUCUGCUGCCUUCCUUCUCGUGAGGAAACUGCCUCCGCUCUGCUCCGGUCUCCCCACUCAGCGCGAAGAUGGCAACCCGUGUGACUUUGAUUGGAGAGAAGUGGAGAUCUUAAUGUUUCUCAGCGCCAUUGUGAUGAUGAAGAACCGUAGAUCCAUCACUGUGGAACAACAUGUAGGCAACAUCUUCAUGUUUAGUAAAGUGGCAAACGCAAUUCUUUUCUUCCGCCUGGAUAUUCGCAUGGGCCUUCUUUAUAUCACACUCUGCAUAGUGUUCCUGAUGACCUGCAAACCCCCCUUGUAUAUGGGCCCUGAGUACAUCAAAUACUUCAAUGAUAAAACCAUUGAUGAAGAACUGGAACGGGACAAGAAGGCAACUUGGAUUGUGGAGUUCUUUGCUAACUGGUCCAGUGAUUGCCAAUCAUUUGCUCCUAUCUAUGCUGACCUCUCUCUCAAGUACAACUGUACAGGACUAAAUUUUGGGAAGGUGGAUGUCGGACGUUACACUGAUGUUAGUACACGGUACAAAGUGAGCACAUCACCCCUGACCAAACAACUCCCUACCCUGAUCCUGUUCCAAGGUGGGAAAGAGGUAAUGCGGCGGCCACAGAUUGACAAGAAAGGACGAGCUGUCUCUUGGACCUUCUCUGAGGAGAAUGUGAUUCGUGAAUUCAACUUGAAUGAGCUAUACCAGCGGGCCAAGAAGCUAUCAAAGGGUGGAGACCACGUCCGUGAGGAACAGCUUGUGGCCUCCACUUCCACCACUGUGCCAGAUGGGGAAAGCAAGAAGGACAAAUAAGAUCCCCUAAGUCAUUGCUUCUUCUUCUGUCAAUUCCAGGCACCUUCAAGGCCCCUGCUCCUGAAACCACAAGUAUUGCCUGAGGCCACAGCCUUUUACCUGAUUCCCUUAUUUGGCUGUGCCUGGGUGGGACAGGGUACUGAAGAGGCAUUCUGGUAAUUGUGAAGCAUCCUACAGGAAGGCCUGCCCUGCCAUGGCCAGCUCUUUCUUGAAGGAGGAAAAGAGAUCUCACGAUGGAGAAAAUGGUUUCCUCUAACGUUCAAUCAGUUUGUAAACUGCUGUUUACCACUCAGACGUCACCCGUCUGCUGUGGUUUCAUAAUUCCUCUUAGUGGACCUACUCAGCCUAGACUAGAUUAAACUCAAAUUUAGAUGCCAGGGUAUACAGCACUAAGGACCCUUGCCUUCCUUAGGUCCUUCUGGCUUUAUGGCAUUCAUUAAAGAUACAUAAGCCUAGAUUUGAUUCCAAGAAGAACCCUUUAACCAGUUUUCAUCUCUGAAAAUGGUAUUGACCAAUCUUAUUUUGUGGGGAUUGAGAAGGGAAUAGAAGCUUGAGGUGUUCCUUUGUGUGGUCGCAGUUGGAUGAGAAAGCCCCUGUGCUGAGAGCCCUUUUCUCCUACCUAUUCCCCACAGCCAGUUGGUAGUUUUCCAUAAUAAAGAAACUAAGGAUUUUCUUUUGA